CUAGCGUGUAUUGUAUACAAUCUACGACGAGUAGUGAAAGUUUGAUCCUAUUCAUGCGAAAGGUGAAUAAUCGCAAUAUUAGAAAGUAAAUCGCCGUCGCGAAUGCGAAUGCUCGUAAAUUCCAGCUGGCGCCUCGGGCGCUCAUUUGUGUGCGUCGCUGCACAACAGCAGACGCUGCUCGCUGUCGUAGCCUCACCGAUCGUGAGGUUAAAAAGUAACGCCGCUGUCGUUGAAACCGCUCCGCUGAUUUGGGGCAGCAAGAAGAAACAUCGCAAGGUCAAGCUCAAUUUCACCCCGGAUAUGACUGAUCCCAAAAUUGAAAGUGAACUCGCCCCGUUGAGGGCUAAUGUCAAAGAGCAGGGUGAUUUAGUUAGAAAACUCAAAGCUGAUGAUGCUCCAGAAAUUGACAUUAAGAAAGCAGUGGCAGAAUUGAAACAGCGCAAAAAGCUAUUGGAAGAUAAAGAACUGUCGCUUAUUCCUGAUUCAGCAACCUUUGACAGAGCCAGAAUGGAAGAUCUACUAAAGCGUAGAUUUUUCUAUGACCAAUCUUUUGCUAUCUAUGGAGGAAUUACAGGACAGUAUGAUUUUGGCCCGAUGGGUUGUGCUUUCAAAGCCAAUCUUUUAAAUGCCUGGAGAAACUUUUUUGUCCUUGAAGAGCAAAUGCUAGAAGUAGAUUGUUCUAUUUUAACUCCAGAACCAGUACUUAAAGCUUCUGGCCAUGUUGAACGGUUUGCUGAUUUGAUGGUUAAAGAUCUUAAAAAUGGAGAGUGCUUUAGACUUGAUCAUUUGAUCAAAGCUCACAUGGAAAAAUUGUGCUCUGACAAAAAAACUUCUGAAGAAACCAAGAAAGAAUGCCAAGACAUUGUAAUAAGACUAGAUGGUAUGAAUAAAGAAGAAAUGGGAAAUGUAUUGAAAAAGUAUAACAUCAAAUCUCCAAUAAGUGGCAAUGACUUAACAGAACCUAUUGAAUUUAAUCUCAUGUUUGGUACCCAGAUUGGACCAACUGGUUUGAUUAAAGGAUUCUUGAGGCCAGAAACUGCUCAAGGCAUUUUUGUAAAUUUUAAGCGAUUGUUGGAAUUCAAUCAAGAUAAAUUGCCAUUUGCUGCUGCUCAGAUUGGUAACUCUUUCAGGAAUGAAAUUUCUCCAAGAUCUGGCUUGAUCAGGGUGAGAGAGUUUACCAUGGCAGAGAUUGAGCAUUUUUGUGAUCCUAAUGACAAAAAUCACUCUAAAUUUGAAUCAGUGAAGAAUACAGUUUUGCUUCUCUAUUCAGCUUGCAACCAAAUGGAUGGAAAAAGUGCUGAGGUACUUUCCAUUGGUAAAGCUGUUGGCAGUGGUUUAGUGGCUAAUGAAACUUUAGGAUACUUCAUGGCUAGAAUUCAGCAAUUUUUAAUUAAAGUUGGUGUGGAUCCUCAAAAGUUGAGAUUUAGACAACAUAUGGGAAAUGAAAUGGCUCAUUAUGCUUGUGACUGUUGGGAUGCUGAACUAUUGACUUCUUAUGGUUGGGUGGAAUGUGUUGGAUGUGCUGACAGAUCAGCUUAUGAUUUGACUCAACAUACUAAAGCCACAGGUGUCAAAUUAGUUGCUGAGAAAAAAUUAGCUCAGCCAAAAACCAUCAAUGUUUGUGAAGCAGCGCCUAAUAGAGGUGUCAUUGGAAAAACAUUCCGUAAGGAAGCCAAGGCCAUUUUAGAUGCACUAGCUGCUUUGGAAGAAAAUGACAUUGAUGCUAUGGAAAAAUAUUUCAAUGACAAAGGAGAAUAUGAAUUACAAACAUCUGAGGCAUCUUUUAAAAUCACUAAAGACAUGGUAGCAAUUAAGAAAUAUCAAAAGACUGUUCAUGUUGAAGAAUUUGUUCCCUCGGUUAUUGAACCAUCAUUUGGUAUAGGUAGAAUUAUGUACUCAGUUUUUGAACAUAAUUUCAAAAUGAGGGAUGGAGAUGAACAAAGAAGAUACUUUAGUUUGCCACCAAUUGUAGCACCUUUGAAAUGCUCUGUAUUACCUCUCAGUGGAAAUGUUGAAUUUGUUCCAUUUGUCAAAAAGUUAUCCCAAGAACUAACCAGACAUGACGUAUCGCACAAAGUUGAUGAUUCUUCCGGUAGUAUAGGCCGUCGAUAUGCAAGAACUGAUGAAAUUGCAAUACCCUUUGGCAUUACAAUUGACUUUGACACUUUGAAGAAACCACACAGUGCUACACUACGAGAAAGAGAUAGCAUGAGUCAAGUUAGGAUAAACAUCAACGAAUUGCCGGAAAUCGUAAGGAAUUUAUCAUUAGGAAAAAUAAGCUGGUCUGAAGUUGAACAAAAAUACCCAAAGUUUGAGCAGCAAGAAUCAACAGAAGCUCAAUAAAAUAUUGUACAGUUGUCUAAAGAAGUAUUUGGGGCAUUGUGUAAGCACUGUUCACAGAUUAAAAAUUAGAACUACUAAGGUAUUAACAAUUGAUAGAAGACAUCAAAUAUUAAAUUUUGAUGAAAAGAAAUUUGCAUUUUUAUAAAUAUUUCACAAAUUAUUUGUAUGUGCGCUUGUCCAUUGAAAGCAUUUAUCUUUAAAUAAUUUAUACUUUUCUAAAGUAUGUACAGCAUUAAUUUAAAUAAUUUAUACCGA